CAAAACUCGCUCUGACUCGCGUCCAGCAUCAGUGUGUAGUUCACGUCACGGCGCUGCAUCGGUCACACAGAGAAUAUAUGCACACACAGCACACAUCACAUACAUCUACACGGUGCACUGAUUGUUAUUAUCACACGCGCGAAGCGCUCGGCGCAGAGCAAAGCACCGCGCGUCCAUCCAUCUCUCUCUCUCUCUCGCUUGUAUUAUUUCUCCGAUUCGGAGUGCGUUAAUUCUUACAUAGUCGUACACACCUACACACAUACACAUACACAAUUUCGCGCAGCUACAUAGCUGCUAUCAAGCGCCGAGCGAGCGAGAGCCGCGGCGCGCGAGGGCAGGAGAGUACACAUAGGAGUAGUGGUGGUGCGUGGGCGUCGACUGCACUCCGCGCUGCACUCCGCCACAGCCAGUGCCUCCGUAAUAAUAUAAAGUAUAUACACGAAACACAAGCGAGGAAGGAAGGAGGAAGCGCGAAAAGUGAAAAAGUGAGAAACAGUGUUGUUCUGUACGUGUUUUUGAUCGAAACAGGACACGAAGGAGGUUGGCGUAACACAAAUAAUAAUAAUAAGAAUAACAAGUGUGUAUCUAGAUCUCUAUGUGCGUCUAUGUGAGCUUCGCAUAAUAAUAAUUGUGUGUGUGUAUCCGUCGAAAAAACAUGUAGACUGUAUAACCGAAGACUGCGAGGAUCAUUGAAAUUUCAACGGAGAGCUUUAAUAUUUGCGACUCGUGAGAGAUAAAUAAACAAGCCGAGUCCGAGAGAUUCUAUCCAUCGUACGAUCGAGGAAUUGCCAAUAUACAAGCCGCACACCAUCAUGGACGCCCUCGAGCUGCAAGCCGCGCUGGUGAAGCUCGACCCGGCCACCACCGUCACGUCUUUGGGCGUCUCGGGCAACGUCAAUCUCGUCGCCGGCUACAACAACAAGAGCAGCGGCAACAGCAACAACAGCAACAGCAACAGCAAUAACAGCAAUAACGAGCCGCCGCAAUCUCUAAAGUUGAGCAGCAGCAGCAUCAGCAGCGGUAGCGGUGGCGGUGGCGGCAGCCACCAUCACCACCAUCAUUACCAUCAUCAUACGUCGAGCAGCGGCGGUGGCAGCUGCUGCGGCGGCAACGAUAACCAGAAAGUUAGCAGCGUGUCGAGCUCGACCACCACCACGACGACCUGCCACGGCGGAGCUUGCGGCACCGCUGCGGCGGCGGCGGCUCAACGCAGCAACAAAGUUCAGAGCAAGAGCACGGCCAGUCAGACGGUCAAGUUGGUCGAAGCCGGUGGCGGUGGUGGUGGUGGUCAUUUCGGCGGUGGUGGCAGGUGACGUCAGACCUGCACCAGCAGCAGCGGCCCUGGCUGCGGGCCCAACGGCAUCACCGUCUAUCACACGUAUCCGCCGCACCGGGCCGCCGGCCGACACCAUCACAAGAGCGCCACGAGAGAGAAGAGGCACCA